AUGUCGGUGAAGCGGGCGAUGCGUCUGUUUCGGCACCGACUGCCGGCCACCGCUGAUGUGAUCGAGUACCACCGAGAGCUGCGUCUGCGGCUGGUAGCUACCCUCAGCGAGUGCACCAAGGCCGUGCAGCACGAGUUUCACGACAGCGAUGAGCCCAUUCCGAGCGGCGAGCUCACCAACGAGCUGUGCCGCGCGCUCGAGGCGCUCUUCAUCCACGGCCUGCGCGACUCGUUCCUCGAGCGGGUGACCAGCGCCAUCAGUGACACGCGCCCGCCGGAGCCCAACUUCUGGCCGCCGCUGCUCGUCGUCAGCCACAGUGAUGUCAUCGAACAGAUCGGCGCCCUCUCCCAGAUCCGCACCGACAUCGGCAAGGCGCGCUCGUGGCUGCGCGGCGCGCUCAACGACGGACUACUCACCAGCUACAUGGCUAUGAUCAUCGCCGAUACUCGCCUGCUCGGCUAUCACUACGACCGACUGUCGUUGAUGCGGGACCAGGAGCAGAUGGAGAUCGUGAUGCGCUACCUGCAGGGCCUGGAGACGCUCCGGUUCGCGUUGGCCACCAACUCGAGCCUGCUCAAUACGUGGGACGAAAUGUCGCUGGAGAUGGCGGGCAUCUGGUUCCAGCCGCGGCGGCUGGGACGGGGCGCCGUGGCACAGGCGCAGGACGUGGCGGCUGCUAUACCCGAACAGAAACCGCGGCCGCAGCCGCCGGCCGAGCUGGCGCUGCCGCUGCCCGAGCCGCGAGCGCCCACACUCAUCAUGAAUGCGCUCGACCCGGACAUGGCGUUCGACGUUAUCAUGCGCUCGUCGUGUGUAGAGAGGCCGUCGGCGAUGAUCAAUGAAACUACCAGCGGAGGUGGCGGCGCGGGCACCAACUCCGAGGCCAGCAGUCUGGCCGGCGAGGUGGCGGCGAUCACCGGCCGGCCGCCGCCUCCGAGCGAGUCGUACAUCAGUGUGCUGGAGUCGUACCGCGAGAGCAGCCCGCGCGCCCGCUCCCUGAUGCAGACACCGGACGUGCAGUUCAUGUACGGACGCAGUGUAGACAGCUCGGGCGCGUCGGCUGCCUCGUCGGCCGGCGCCGCCAACGAUCUGGAGGGGAGCGGCGAGUCGGAAAAACCGCCGGCGGAGACCGCGGCGCCAGACUCGGCCGGACAGAGUGAGGAGAAGCCGGCCGCGGACGAACAGCCGGUGCCGGAAACAGUGGACAGUCGCUACUACUGGCUGACGGAUAUUCCUGCUGAGGGAGCUCUGGACAAACAGCAGUACACGUGCGGUAGCUGCCACCGGUUCGUGGGCAUGCUGUACGGAGAGCCGCGCCUCUGUACCCUGGACGGCGCUCUGUACUGCGGCGACUGCCACACGGGCCGCGACCACGCCCAGCUCCCCGCCCGCAUCAUACACAACUGGGACUUUGACCGAUACCCGGUGGCGCGCUGCAACCGAGAGUUCCUCGAGCAGGUUGACUCGGAGCCUACUAUCAACGUGGCCGAGCACAACAUCAGCAUCUACAACGUUAGCGCCGAGAUGGACCGCGUGCGCCUGCUGCGUGUUCGACUCGUGUUUCUGAACGCGUUCCUGCACACGUGUCGGAGCGGCGCGGCCGCCGAGCUGGAGCGCCGUCUGCAAGGGCGCCGCCACCUCUGUGAACACGUGCACCUGUACGCGCCGGUGGACCUGCGUGACACGCGGAACGGCUCUCUGGCGAGCACCCUGCAGACGGUGGUCGAGUUCGCUGUGGAGCACGUGAUGAACUGCGGCCUGUGCAGCCAGCGCGGCUUUGUGUGCGAGUUCUGCCGGGACGAGAACAUCAUCUACCCGUUCGAGCUGGAGACGACGCGCCAGUGCCGGCAGUGCUGCGGCCUGUACCACAGCCGCUGCUGGCGCCGGCCGACUCCGUGCCCGCGCUGCGAGCGCUACCGGCGCCGGGCCGAGCUGCGCCAGCUGCUCGAUGAGCCGCAGCUGGACGGCGGACAGAGCACGCCCGCCGCCGGCGCGCAGUCCGAACAGUAGCUGAUGUGCCGCGCUCGGCUCACUAUGUGUGAUGGUGCUGUGCGGGUCCGCGGCCGACGCUUAGUGUGAUGUGCGGGUCAUUUAGCCGUGGUCUCUGCCGGGCGUGGACUGCCGUUGAAGACUGACUCAGGUCUGAUAGACGUGUAGUGUGGUGUGUGAACUACAGAGGCUGAAGGAAUGACCGCUAAUGUGCCUACCUGGCCAGUCGCGUGCGCCGUGAUCUAUUUUUGGAGGCGCUGACACUUGGGAGCAAUGCGCCCGUUUACGGUCACUUACGCAUAGAUUGCGACGGACGCAGUGUAGCGGUAAGAAGAUUGAGUGUGUGACAAAGAUGCGCUGACACUUGACACAAACAUGAUUCACGCUUGUGAGAUAUGGGGUACGUGUCGCACAGUUCCUUACCAUUGACUCUCCACCCAAUAAAAUGGUGUAUGUUUCAUUCUCUCUAUUGUCCUACCACUGCAGUCAGUUUGCAGUUCAAGUAUAUAGGGCCUUGGUCGUUUCAUUCGCAUGACGCAGCUUUGUCAAACAUUUAAGUACCCAGCUGUUGGGUGGAAACGUUAUACAUAUAUGCUGUUUGUGUUAGUCUCGAUUCGAUCAACCCAGGUAAACUUAUUUAUUGACCUCAAAACGAAAUCGGUGAUUGUGUACCGUCUCUGGUCUUGAAAAUAAAGAUUGUCCAUUAUAAA